CCAUCUGGGUCACGUUUCCGCUUCUUCUUCUUCGCUUUACUGCUAAGGGAAGUGUCCUCCAUGGUGUCAUUGUGGGUCUGUUGAGGUUGAACAUCUACAAAUAAGCAAUGUCUGGGUACACACCAGACGGGAAGCUCCGUUUCGAGCAGCUUUCGAAGCUCCGCAGGCAGUGGCUGAAGGACCAGGAGCUCAGCCCGAGGGAGCCCGUGGUACAAGCUAAACCUUCCGGCGCCGUCGCAAGGUUCUGGGCUGGCUUUCUGGAGCCCAAGAGCCUGUGGAGGCUUUACACGUACAAAGCAUAUAGAGGUGGAGUUUUCACAUUAACACGGCUGUUGAUACCUGCUUGGAUUGUUCACUACUACGUCAAAUACCAUGUUGCUCAAAGGCCAUAUGGUAUUGUGGAAUUGAAACCCAAGCUGUUCCCAGGUGACACGAUUCUGGAGACAGGCGAAGUUGUUCCAGAUCUCCCUGAGAGUCAUGGUCAUCACUGAAGUUGAAAUAUUUCAAUAAUUUCAUUGAGUUUCUGUUGUAAAAACUGUGUAUAUGCCAAUAAAAUAUUACAUCGUCACAUCA